CGAUGCUUCCUCUCACCAUCUUCGAAACCAACCCACUUCUUCAUUUUCUUCAAUCUUUUCCUACCUUUUUCACAUUUAUAAUCUCCUCACUCCCAUUUUCCACUCACCCAAUUCAAAUUCUUCACCUUUCCAACUUCACAACACCAAAACUUUUCUCCCUUUUUCCCUCACUUCAACACACCAUGCAAACCUUUGAACCCAACAAUUUCACCUUUUUCAUCCCAAAUAUCACUGAUUACUCACUACCCCAAGAUCUUCAAUUUCAAGCUCACAUGACCAACAACAACAACAACACACCAAUGAACCAAGUCUCAUCUUCCUCCAAGCCUCCAAGAUCCUCAAAUCUCAGCAACCGCAAACCCUCUUUGAAAAACAUCACAAUCCCUUCCAUAUCUUCAGGUCUUGUGAUUCCGACAACAUCAUCAACAACAUCAAUUACAACCUUGUAUAACAGCAACAGUCAAGUUUCUUGUUCUUUGGAUGAUGCCAACAAUAGCAGAGAGGAUGAUAAGCACUAUAGAGGGGUUAGGAGAAGGCCUUGGGGGAAGUUUGCUGCAGAAAUUCGGGACCCCAAUAGAAAGGGUUCAAGGGUGUGGCUUGGAACCUUUGACACAGCCAUAGAAGCUGCUAAGGCUUAUGACAAAGCUGCUUUCAAGAUGAGAGGGAGCAAAGCCAUAUUGAACUUCCCUUUGGAGGUUGGAGAGUCUGAAGAAUCGGUUUCAAUUAUGAAGGUUGGUGUGAAGAGAGAAAGAGAGGAAGAAAGUGAAGGGAACGAGGAAAGUAAUAAUAACAAUAAGGUUGUGAAGAAAGAAGAGUGCUCUCCCAAAGGGGUGUGCCCUUUGACUCCAUCAUGUUGGAAAGGGUUUUGGGACACUGAUGUUAUGGGAACCAUCUUUAGUGUGCCUCCUUUGUCGCCGUUAUCUCCAUUAAUGGUUGUUUGAAGUUAUUUUCAAUCCAUGAAAGAAGAAAGUGGUGUGAAGAGAGAGAUGAUGCUGGUGAUUAUUAUCCUCUCUGAUUUGGUUUGGUUAAUUUGACUGAACCAUCGAUGAAGAUGAUUAUGGGUUUGUUUAGUGUAAAUAUAGGAUAGUAGUAUAUGAAGCAAGAUUUCUUUGUUUGUUAAACAAAAUUUCAUGCUUAUCUUCUUCCUUCCCUUUUCUGUGUUCUUUGGUCAGAGAUUGUACUGCACUAUAAGCAAUAUUGAAAUUUGUUUAUUCGUUUAUUGAAAGUUGAAAAUGGCUGGUGAAAUUUUUUAUUGGAUUUGAA